GGCAGCUGGUUGCCAGUUUUCCAAGCCUGCAUCCCAACACCGUCCCCCUCUUCACCCGAAAUCUCUCUCCGAAAUGGUUUCAGUCAAACUUUUCGGCAUCCUUGCCGCCUCCUUCGCUGCCAUCGCCAGCGCCUUGCCCACAAACUCCCUCACACCCCGCGCCGAUGGGCCCCUCGACUAUCCAUACGGGUCCUCGGACAUCUCCGUCAUCGGCAGCACCUACUUCCAAACCAGCGAAGUAGUCUACCAUGGGAUGUACCAGCGCUUUUACAACUUCACUGCAACCCUCGCCGUUCGAAACAAAGCCUUCGAGAAAGACGUGGGAGUCCGUUGGUCAGACGACAACUGGCAGACCUCGAAAGAAGCAUCCGCCCACUACGUCGCCAACCUCGACCAGCCGGGCUUUGAGCGAUGGGAAGUCCUUGCCGGUCAAUGGUCGACGAUUUCGUACCUCCCCCAAGGCGAUCCGGACCCGACAUUCACCGCCUAUGCGUCUUUUGCAAAGGGGCCGCGUGUGUGGGACCCUCGCCCGAACUACGCCAUCGUGCACAAGGCGACGCAGAACAACCCUAUCGCAUACAUCUCAUCCACGGUCGAAUUCAUCCCUUCCCGCUCGGCCGCGUUCUACCUCAAGGGGUCCGUCCGCACGUACGCAUUCGACAAGGCCGACGAACAGGCCAACAAACUCGUCGUCCGCUGGUCCGUUGACGGGUGGAAGACUUCCACCGACACCCCUGCCUCGACUUACAACCCGACUGACAAGACGUUCGCGUUCGAUUUCCCGGUGGUCAACAGCACUGGCGCGCCCGUUCCUGACAAGGUGGCGUUUGCAAUCCGCUAUGAUACCUCGAAGGGAACUUUCUGGUACAACAACGAGGGGAAGAACAUUGAGGCUUACAUCCCGACCCCGAAUGUGUAGAUGACGGGGAUCGAUUUCGUUUUCUAGAAUAUAGAUAGGAUACCGACUUCUGCUCGUUAGAUAGAUAUACUUUUUCUCAUACAUACCUUUACACACCCCGCACGCUCUCAUGUUGAGGGGUCUCCUUCUCCUGUGUGCAGAGUGAAAAAAUCAUGAAUGUUGCGUUGACGUUUGCCGACUGUGGGGGAUCCCUUGUGAAGCGAGGUGGAAAAGUUUCGCAGAGCUCAAAAUGGGACCCAUUCCCCUUUGGGCAAACCGCCGGAGUCUACAGCACACCUGCCGAUAAGAGGAGCGUUCUUUUGCAGGUGAAGUUGCCGGGAGAUGGUCGUGCGG